GUAUUCUUCUAUGUCUGCUUAGCCGCAUUCACAAUCGUGGUCACUCCAGCUCGCAUUACUCAAUUCACGUAUGACAUUUCUCAAGACCUCCGACAUCUUCCAUAUGGGUACAUACUUCUUAUCGUUGCCAUGAUUGUCAUAUCCUUCCCUCCUUUCAUUGGACUAGGCCCACUCCUUCACAUGUUCGGUUUCAUAUACGGCAUGCAGGGCUUCAUUCCUGCAGCAGUUGGAACGCUGGCAGCCUCCGCUAUAGUUUUUGUUACCCUUCGGAUGAUGUUUGGCGAGAGGCUGCAUUUGCAGACUUCCACUAACCAGAAAUGGCAGGCUCUGGAAGCUGUCAUACGAUCAAAAGGCAUGCCCUUGAUCAUCCUCAUCCGCAUGUCUUCACUUGUGCCAUGGGCCCGGUCAAACUCGCUAUUCGCAAGCAUAGCGUCGGUAUCGUUGCUCCAGUUCUUCGUGGCGACUUUGUUUGUCCUCCCAAAGGUCUGGGUAAACGUAUUCGUCGGAUCUCGUCUUGCCAAACUCUCAGACCGCACCCAGAAAAAUCGUAUGUAUACCCGUGAAAACUCAUGUCAUCCAUUCUGCUCUCAUUGA